CGCCGCGGGGCGGAGCCAGCCGGUUGCUAGGACUUGGCGAAGCACGGUGCUCGCGCCGUCUCCCUUAGUCAGCCUCGCGGAUGGAGUCAGCGCCGGGCCUCGCGGAUCCGCCCGGCCCCGAGAAGGCUGGGAGUGCGGGAGGAGAGCCAGCGCCUUGGCGGGCGCUCCCUGUCCUGUCGGAGCAGCAGUCCGGGCGCGUGGAGCUGGUGCUGGCCCACGCCGCGCCCGUCCUUGACCAGCGCCAGACCUCUCGCCUCCUCAGGGAGGUCUCGGCCGUCUACCCGCUGCCCGCCCAGCCUCAUCUCAAGCGGGUGCGGCGCAGUGCGGAUGCGCACGGCCCCCACGCGCUGGAACUGCUGCUGUGCCUGGCGGAGCCAGCCGCAGGCACGCGCGCUCUGGCCGAGCUCCUGCCGUGGCCGGCCGUGGACCCCCAGGGCCUGGGGCAGCCCUUCCUGGUGCCUGUGCCCGCCCAGCCUCCCCUGACCAGGGCACAGUUUGAGGAGGCUCAGGCCCACUGGCCCACUUCUUUCCACGAGGACAAGCAGGUGGCCAGCGCCCUGGCCGGACAGCUCUUCUCAGCACAGGAGCGGGCGGUGAUGCAGAGCCACAUGGAGCGGGCCGUGCAGGUGGCCCGGCGGGCAGCGGCCCAGGGCCUGAGGGCUGUGGGAGCAGUUGUGGUGGACCCGGCCUCGGGCCGCGUGCUGGCCACAGGCCAUGACUGCAGUGGUGCGGGCAGCCCUCUGCUGCACGCGGUCAUGGUGUGUGUGGACCUGGUGGCCCAGGGCCAGGGCCGGGGCACCCGCAGCUUCAGGAGCCACCCGGCCUGCUCGUUCGCCCCGGCCACUGCCCCCCAGGGCGUGCAGGCGGGCACCGUGCGGAAGCUGGAGGCCGGGGACGAGGACGGCCUGCCCUACGUGUGCACCGGCUGCGACCUCUACGUCACCCGCGAGCCCUGCGUGAUGUGUGCCAUGGCCCUGGUGCACUCCCGCAUGCGGAGAGUCUUCUACGGGGCACCCUCGCCCGAUGGCGCCCUGGGCACACGCUUCCGCGUGCACGCCCAGCCCGGCCUCAACCACCGCUUCCAGGUCUUCCGCGGCGUUCUCGAGGACCAGUGCUGCUGCCUGGACCCUGACACCGAGGCCCAGCGGCACUGAGACUGCGGGCUGCCCUCCAGGGCUGCCCUCCUGCCUGUCUCUCCUCACCGUGCACCCCGCCCGCCUCCGGGGCCAGGCCUGCUGCUCUGCCGGCGGGCAGGGAGGUCGACAGUCUCGGGUCCUCUGCGCUUGUGUCAGGAACGGCUUCGAUGUGUGAAAAUAAACCACCCAAAACCCAGCUGCUGCCUGCCUAGAGCCCCCGUGUGCUGC